UCCCAGAAUUCCAUGUAAUUCAGUCCAUCUACUGGAUAGUGGCUAGUUUGAGCUCUCUGUGAGAAGGGAGGGAAAGAGAGAGACGCAAAAGAAGACAGGAAGAAAGAAAGGGAAGAGGGGGGGAUUUUAGUCAUCAGGCCAAAACAUUUUAUUUUGAAUUGACAAACUGAAAAAAGACAAACUGAAAAAGACAGAAAUAACUCCAAUAACCUACAGCAAAUCCACAAAGCCAGCUUCGCCUUCGACGUCACCAGCCUUCAUUGCGGAACGGCGGACCUGGUCCCGAUAGCCCCGGCCCUUCCGUGCGUCCGUCCGUGCGUCCGUGAGGCCCCGCUGUGUGACCGCGUUCUCGCGCGGGGGAGAAACCGCCAUGUGCUGCACGGGGAAGUGUUCCCGGCUCGUGGGCCUGAUCCUGCUGCCCUCCGCGCUGGCCUGCAUCAUCGCCAACGUCCUGCUCUUCUUCCCCAACGGGGAGACGGUGGACAGCGCCAACAUCGGCCUGCAGGUCUGGCUGAUGGGCGGUCUGAUCGGGGGAGGACUGUUUAUGCUCUGUCCCAGCUGCUCCGCUAUCAGAGCCGGGGGAAAAGGUUGCUGUGGGGCCGGUUGCUGCGGAAACCGUUGCCGGAUGCUGAACUCGGUGUUCUCCUCUGCGUUCGGCCUGGUGGGGGCGAUCUACAGCACCAGCGUCUCAUCGGCCGCGCUGGCCAUCGGCCCCAAAUGUGAACUCGCGUCCGGAGAAUGGGACUACCCGUUUGAGAAUCUCUCCAAAAACGAGAGCUACCUGACGGACCAGGACACAUGGAGCGACUGCGUGAGACCGGAGAACAUGGUGCUGUGGCACAUCGUGCUCUUCUCCAUCAUCCUGGGCCUGGGGCUCCUGCAGAUCCUGCUGUGCGCCCUGCAGGUCCUGAACGGCUGCCUGGGCUGUCUGGGGGGAGACUGCCGGGACAGCGACGACAAGGAGGAAGGGGGGUUAUAAGAGAGAGCGAAAGAGAGAGCCACCACACUAACUCCUGCACUGCUGAAGGGCCCUGUUCACAGCUCAGGGUGACAUCUACAGUACAUACUAUAACUUUUUCUGGGGUGGCGGAUAUUUUGCAGUUUAUAUUUUGCCUUCUUCAUCCAAAAUAAAUCUGUAUGCAAUAAUAUUAAAGCUCACAGGUGAUGGGGUGGGGCUGUUGUUCUUCUAAUCAUUGUAGAACCAGGGGGGGAAAGUCCAGGGGUGUGAAAAUAAAGAUCUGGCCGUGUGUCGUCCACCCAUAAAUUCAGCCAGCCAAUUUAAUUCAGUCUACCUCCUGGCUACUUUCUGAACCUGGCUUUUCCACCUCUGUGUUGAACAUUUCCUGUCCUUGGUUUGCUCUUUGCACUUCUCCAUUUAGUUAUUUUGUCCAGUUCAUUAAAUUGAAUUUCUCCGUAUUGUUUUUACUUACUUAGUAGCAAGUCCGGUCUUAAAGACAAUCUCAGUCCCGUUAUACUGCCAUUAAUACAGGGAAGGUCUCAUUUUGAAAAUAACAAGAUCCAUUGGACUUAGCUAUUUAUAACUUUAUUUUUUAAUACUUUUUAUUUUAUCACUUUAUUUUGGUCACCGACUGAUGAUAAAAUGAUUGAAGUAAAUAUUGUUUCACAGAUGGCAUAAUAAAAUGAUUGAUCUCA